GGAAGGUGAGCAGGAGAACUCAAUUCUCAACUCCAAGUCAAAGCUCGCCUCGAACUUGCCAGGUUCCUCCACCUAUCUCGACCUAAGUUUAUUGUUUCCACAACAUCGGAGUCAUGGUUACCGUCGCAGUCGCUGGAGGCACUGGUAAUGUGGGCCGCACAAUCGUUGAUGCGUUGAAGGAGAGCCCCGAACACGAAGUCAUUGUUCUGACACGCACAGAACCCAAGGACCAGGAGCUGGGUGUCCCUGUCUUUGCCGUGGACUACGGAGAUGUCGAGUCAGUCUCUCACAUACUCGAGGCAAACAACGUCCAUACCGUCAUAUCUGCCCUUAGUAUCAGGGGUCCUGUAGAGGGCGCGUCUGAAAUUAGCCUUGUGAAGGCAGCAGCAAAAGCCGGACCGACAAAGCGUUUCAUGGCGAGUGAAUAUGGUACUCCGGCCCCUGUCGAGAAAAGUCUACAAUUACCUCAGCAUGAACACCGUCUCGCAACGAUAGCCGAGUUGAAGAAGACGGACCUCGAGUGGACCAGAGUUCACAAUGGCUACUUCCUGGACUAUUUCGGCAUACCCUACAUCGAGAGCUACAUGACCCCAGUCGCAUUUGCAAUUGACAUGGCCAACAAAGCUGCUGCAAUACCGGGCACGGGCGACGACAUGGUGUCGUUCACGUACACAAAGGAUUUGGCAAAGUUUGUCGUUGCGUCCCUGGGCCUGCACCAAUGGGACGAGUCUAUGUUCUGCUAUGGAGAUAAGGUGACGUGGAACGAGUUUCUGGGUAUCGCGGAAGAAGUGAGAGGUUCCAAGUUCACCGUAACCUACGACAGCGUGGAGAAGCUUGCCAGCGGUGAAAUCACCGAGCUGCCCUCUCACCCCACGGUUUACCCUUUCUUUCCGAAACCGCUUUUCCAGCAAUACUUUGGCAAGUUUGGACUGUACGUUACGCAAGGUCUGUUCGAUUUCCCCGAAGACACGACUCUGAACAAGAAAUUUCCCGAGAUCAAAACAACCACGGUCAGAGAGAUGCUCAGUGUCUGGGUUGGCAAGUAGUGUUGCUUCAGAAAGACUGAGAACAGAGGGCUUGUCGACUUGCUGCUCACACAUUUUGGGGUGUUUUACUAGCAAGCAGGGUGGGAGGGCAGAGCAUCCAACAUCAUCAUAGUGUCACAAUGGCUGAGAAUGUUUUAUUUCGAGCCAUUGCCAAUAUUCGCCUGAUUUGAUCCCUAAACCAG